AUGUGGCUGUGCUACCUUCUCUUCCUCUCCGUCUCGUACUACUGGCUGCCAGCUGAAUCCUAUGCAGAUGGAAAGGUAACCAAAGCCUGUGGCAGUAUGAAACCUCACCAUGAUUCCCACAGCAGGACCAGUAACAGCCCCUAUCACCUAGCCACCAACACCACCCGCUUCAGCCCUGGAGACAGAGUCCAAGUCAUCCUGUCGGGGUCAAAUUUUGAGGGCUUCUUGCUGGAGGCCAGGGAUGCGGUCAUUCACAGCUUGGUGUCCGCAGUUGGCUCCUUCACCCUAACCGAUCCCACCAAGACACAGCUGCUCACCUGUAAUAAUGUCAAGGACUCAGCAGUGAGCCAUACAAGUAGUGUAGUACAAACAGAAGUUGUGGUUUUUUGGAACGCUCCAAAAGACGCUCCCAAAGUGGUUCAGUUCUUUGUGACAGUGGUCGCCCACUACAGUGUAUUUUGGGUGAAGCAACCUGGACCUGUCAUCUAUCAGGAUGGAGUGACACCUCUCCCGCCUCAGUCUACAACCAUGCCCACUACAAUGCAGACAACCACGCCUUCUGUGCUGCCCGGACCUUUCAGUUCAGAGGGUUGUGGCCAUUCAAAAUCCUGCCUCCUGGAUCCUCCAGGCUGUGACCCAGAAAAAGACCCUAAAUGCUUUUUUCUGUCCAUGACGACAGAGGGACCAGAAAAAACGUUGGUGUUAUUUGAGCUAAGCGGCCCAGCAGAGGGAUACGUGACCUUUGCUCUGUCUUGGGACACAAUGAUGGGUGAUGACGAUGUGUACAUGUGUGUAAUGGAUGAGGACAGAAUAUCCGUGAGCGCAGCCUAUGUAACUGGAAGAACACAUCCUGAAGACCAGUCACAGAGUGGCCUUUCCUCCGUAUCAUGGCGAAUUGCAGAAGGUGUGAUCCAGUGCAGGUUCAGUCGACCAGUCAGAAUGACCAACCAGAGACCACAUCGCUAUGAUCUAGACCAAGAAUACUUCCUGUUUCUAGCCAGUGGAAAUGCUCAGUAUGGGAAAAUAUGGAAACAUACUCUCCAACCAUUAAUCUCCACCAGCAGGAAACAAAUCACCGGGGCCCCUGAGGUCCUCAGAGGCUCCCGGGGACCAUUACUCAUGAAACUUCAUGGUGCACUAAUGUUGAUAGCCUGGAUGCUAACUGGGAGCAUCGGUACCUUUAUCGGCAGCUACUACAAAUCUGAAUGGCUAAACAAAACCUUACUGAGUCAGAAGGUCUGGUUCCAGGUUCAUCGAGGGUUGAUGGUGCUAACUGUUGGUCUGACAGUCAUAGCCUUUUGCCUCCCAUUUGUCUACAGGAAGGGUUGGAGCAAGCAUGCAGGUAUCCAUCCCUACCUGGGCUGUUGCGUGUUGGCAUUAGCUCUCAUUCAGUCGGUCAUGGCUGCGUUCAGACCUCCACCUGACUCACACAGGAGGUAUAUCUUUAACUGGGCUCAUUGGGGAGUUGGUUCUGUGGUUGAGAUCAUGGCAGUGGUGUCCAUGUUCCUAGGGAUGCGCCAGUCCUCAUUGCUCCUCCCCCUGCCCAAGGCAAUGUUUGUUCUGAUUGGCUACGUAGGCGGGCUAGCCUUGUUUAGGCUCAUUCUCUCCCUGCACAAAUUCAGCAGAUACAUCAAAAGACCAGCAGCAUCCAGCGACCAAGAGACGCUCCUUUCUGACCAGUCAAACCUGGGUCACUGGGAGUCUUUAAUGAAGUCCAUCAUCUUGGCUGUCCUCAUUUUAGAGAACACCGGACUCCUAGUGGUUUUACUGACCUCUAUUGUUGAACUUUGA